UCCCGCCCCACAGGCGGUACCGGAAGUGGCGGGCUGGGAUCAGCCUUUAAGAUGGCGUCUCCUCAGGGGGGCCAGAUUGCGAUCGCGAUGAGGCUUCGGAACCAGCUCCAGUCAGUGUACAAGAUGGACCCACUACGGAACGAGGAGGAGGUCCGGGUGAAGAUCAAAGACCUGAAUGAACACAUCGUUUGCUGCCUUUGCGCGGGCUACUUCGUGGAUGCCACCACCAUCACAGAGUGUCUUCACACCUUCUGCAAAAGUUGUAUCGUGAAGUACCUGCAAACCAGCAAGUACUGCCCCAUGUGCAACAUCAAGAUCCACGAGACGCAGCCGCUGCUCAACCUCAAACUGGAUCGGGUCAUGCAGGACAUAGUGUAUAAGCUGGUACCAGGCCUGCAAGACAGUGAAGAGAAACGGAUUCGGGAAUUCUAUCAGUCCCGAGGCUUGGACAGAGUCUCCCAGCCCAGUGGUGAAGAGCCAGCCCUGAGCAACCUUGGCCUCCCCUUCAGCAGUUUUGACCACUCUAAAGCCCACUAUUAUCGCUAUGAUGAGCAGCUGAGCCUAUGCCUGGAGCGGCUGAGUUCUGGCAAAGACAAGAAUAAAAAUGUCCUUCAGAACAAGUAUGUUCGAUGUUCUGUUAGAGCUGAGGUCCGCCAUCUCCGAAGGGUUCUGUGUCACCGACUAACGCUAAAUCCACAACAUGUACAGCUCCUUUUUGACAAUGAGGUUCUCCCUGAUAACAUGACAAUGAAGCAGCUCUGGCUGUCCCGCUGGUUCGGCAAGCCAUCUCCUUUGCUCCUCCAAUACAGUGUGAAAGAAAAGAGGAGGUAGGGGCCAGGCUGCUCCCACCCCCUUCCCACCCCUCCCCAGAUAUUUAUGUGAAAUUAACUGUGGCUUUAUUUUUUGAAAUAAAUGCUUUUAAAAAGCA